UUUGUUUCAAGUCGAAUGGGUUCAACCUGGCAAAGUAAAACAGACAGUCCAUUGGGCUUUGUUCAUCAUAUUCGUAUGCGUUAUUUUCAUUUAUCCACCUCCUAACCCUAGAUACAUAUAACAAACCAUCGACACUUCACUUGGACACGAACAGAGGGUCUCAAUCUUCAAGUUGCAGCUUAGCUUCUUCAUCUCACCAUGUCUAGGAGAAAGAACAGAGAGCCCAAGGAGGAGACUGUUACUCUCGGACCAACAUUAAGGGAUGGAGAAAAGGUGUUUGGUGUGGCACACAUUUUUGCGUCGUUCAACGAUACCUUCAUUCAUGUUACUGAUUUGUCCGGAAGGGAAACCCUUGUUCGUAUCACUGGUGGGAUGAAGGUGAAGGCUGAUAGAGAUGAAUCCUCUCCUUAUGCUGCAAUGCUUGCAGCACAAGAUGUGUCUCAGCGCUGCAAGGAACUUGGUAUCACUGCACUUCACAUCAAGCUCCGAGCUACAGGAGGGAAUAAAACAAAAACACCUGGACCCGGUGCCCAAUCUGCCCUGAGAGCCCUUGCUCGUUCAGGCAUGAAAAUUGGCCGUAUAGAGGAUGUUACUCCAAUCCCCACCGAUAGUACCCGCAGAAAGAGUGGUAGAAGAGGAAGAAGGCUUUAAGUCUCUUUACUUUUGUUAUGUGGUUUGUCUGAUUAUCUAGACAGCAGUGGAGAAUGUUUUCUGCCAUAUCCCCAAUCUUUUGAAGCUCUGGCGUGAUUGAACUAUUUGAUUUUUCUUGAUUAAUAUUACCCAAGUCAGCUGAUCCUUUUUAACAUUUCAUGUAGUUAUACAAUAUUUUAAAGAGAAUUGACUACUUUUCUGAAUUGAUCUGUGUUUAAAUUGCCCUUUCUGCUUGAUCUAUCUGUUCUUCACAAUUGUUCAAUUAUUAUGCUUACAUUUUAGUUUGUACAAUUAGUUAUUUGUAAACUUAAAUAUACUCAAAUAUCCAAUUGGCAGUAUUUUAU